GAGUUUGGCGCGUCUUCGGUUGCUUAGUGUCGUAUUGUUUCGCUUUUAGGAGCUAAUGGUUCUCAUCGUCAUAUAUAUUUAGUUCUCCAGGUGCUGUUUGAGGUAGAUAAUCUCUCGGUAUCUUGUUAGUGCACUUUAAUCUGCUGACUACUGAUCGUGGCUGACAUCCACUGCUAGAUAUAUCUUUCCUCAGUUUUUCCGCGGAUUCCCGGUUGACUUAAUAAUAACAAUAAAUGAUGAUUAAUUCUAAUGGUGAUAGAAAACCUCGGAGAUCGUCAUUAAAGUUUACAUUCGAUCCAGUGAAUGAUGCAUCUGAUGGUAUUGUAUCAUCUAGGGGUUUAAAUAGACGCGUUUCAUUCUCUCAAUAUGUUUUUGUUUUGGGUGACGAGGAUGAUGGUUCUCAAAUGUGUGUUAGUCGUUUCAACUCAAAUAUAUCUGUUGAAGAUGAAUUUGCUAAUACUAAUAAUGAUAUCAAUAACAAUGAUAAUAAUAAUAAUAAUGACUAUAAAAAUGACAACAAUGACAACAGUAGCAAUAUUAACGAUAAUAUGGAAAGUGUCACAUCGAUAAGUGAUGUUUCUAUGGAAUUAUCACCUGAUUCUUGUUUAAAAGUUAAACAUGAAUCGUUCAAUGAACAACAAAACACGAAUAUGGAAGUAGAUAACGAUGCUGAUAGUCGGACGUUAUCCUCUAAAUGUAGUUCCUUGGAAUCAGUUACUAUUUCUAGUCUAGAUGAAAUGAUGAUUGUAAAAAAUGAAUUAAGUUGUACACCCAGACAUCAUCAUGAUGUUUCAGAUAUGGAGGUACAAAGCAGCAUAUGUCCAUUACCAUUACCAAUUAAUGAAGAAUUGUGUAAUAUGUCUAUUAUCUCCACUAAUGAAUUGAAUCUUUCUACCAAUAAUGAUGGGAACAUUGAUAAAAAUUUACCUGGUGAUAGUUUACCUCAUAAAAUAUACUCUCAGCCUUCAUGUCAUAAUGACGUACCAGACAUUACUUCAACAAUUAAAAAUAACAAGGAUGUAAAUCAUGAAAAAGUCCUUACACCGUCGUUCAGGUCACCUCAUUUUUUACAGUCUACAAAUACGAUGAUGACAGAUAUAGUAGAAGAUCCAUUAUUAUCGGAUAAACGACCCGUAUCGGUCGUUAAAAUGCCCUUAAUCAAUUUGAAUCUAAGUAAUUCCUUACCAUUGACAAGAAGACGAUGUAACAUUAAUAAUAAUCUCCAAUCGGAUGUUGAUCAAACGCCGAAACCUUCUGAACCAGAAAGAAUUACAUUUGUUAGCUUAAUUAAUACACCACUACGUCAAGCAAAUAUCGGUGAUGAUACUGGUGCUAAUUUAACUUCUGUAAAAAAAGUGAUUCGACCGAAAACUUUCAGAGAUGUAAAUGAGUAUAAACCAGAAAGGCUCUUAUCAAAUACCAGACGAUUGCAUAAUCAUCUGCGCAAUCAGCUAGCUGAAUGUCAACUUGAAGCUGUUAUCGAUCAUAUUAAAUAUGAUUUUUCUAACAUUAAAAGUAUUGUGAAUUUCCUGCGUAAAAAUGAAUACAUCGAUUGUAACUUGGAAACUUUGGAUAAAUCAACAUUGCUGACUGAUAUGGACCGAUAUGGAUCAGAUGAAUAUUUACGAUUGCAAAACCAACUACGCUUACAUCUCUAUGAUAAAUUAGUUAAACGACGAUUUGUUAUUGAAACUGAGAAUAUAAAUCGAUUGGAAUUCUGGAAACGUUUAUAUCUAGAACGAAUCAGUACUGUAUUGAUUUCGCCUCAAUUAAAAUCAGUUACAAAGAACGUAUCUGAAAUGAAUUUGAUAGAGCACUUAAAAUUUAUCGCUGGUGCACAACAAUUAUUUCAUACUUGUUCAAAAUUUGCUCAACAAGAAAUUUAUCAAAUUAUCGAUGAGAAUAUAUCUGCUCGUAAUCUAGAAUUGAAUUUGGAAAUUGAUAAUUUAAACCAAUUGAAUGAUUAUCUUGAAUUAAUGAUAAAUCAAAAACAAUCUGAACUAAAACAAAAACGACAAGAGCAGGAACAAUUAUUAGAACUCGAGACGUAUGCCAAAGAAAUACUUCAAAAACUCAAUAGAAUCAAACAAGAAAUUGAUGAAACCACUCAACGUCAGGUUGUAAUACGUCAAUCAAAUAAAAAGUUACUCCAAAGAAAACAGUACUUGGAAAAAAAGUUGAAAGAAUUAUCAGAAAAAAAUCGUCAAGAGGAACUGUAUAAUUCAAGCACUCUAGUUAAUCGUUCUAUCGGCUGUACAGAAUUAUUUCCCAUACCGAUCAGUGAAACAUCCAUUAUCCAGCAUUGUAAUAAUAAUGAUAGGAGCAGACUCGAACCAAUAGUUACGAGACAAUUAAUAAAUCUACUUUCACCUUGUCGUAUAACAUGUACAUCGUUUGACAAAGAUAAUCAUAUGUAUGAAGUAUCAACAUUAUUUGGUCUAGUGAAUUUCGUAUUAACUUGUCAAGUAUGCGAUCUGUUAGUUGAUGACUCUGAUAGAAAGAAUAACAAUAAUCAUCAAUGUAAUGAAAGCAUUGACGGUAAUGAUGACGGUGAUGACGAUGAAGAAGAUGAUGAUGACGAUAUGCAGACGACAGUUAAUCCGGAAAAUCUGAAAGUGAUCAGUGUACAAGUUGUCGCACCAGCAGAUGUUGAAUGUCCCGUGGAGUGUCCACCCGUUGAAUCGGUUGCUCGUAUUUUUAUUGAAUAUUUAAAUACAGUUGGUUAUGAUAAUUUGCGUACACGAUGCAUUGGGUUUACAAUGGCUGAUGUAAUUGAAACAAUUGAAACUAUCAUCGUUCCGUUCAUGGUUUUGGCCAGUGAUUUACGUUCUUUAUGGUUAGCUAAAUGUGAUGUGAAUCUUGUUAUGACAUCAAUAGACGAUCAACUAUUCACUGGUUGUUAUUUUACACCAAAGAAAUUACGUAAUUUAAUUGGACAAACACCACGAUCUACAGCUGUUCACUCUUUGUCAACUUCACAUAGAACACCAUUUCAGUCAAAACAAUUGCAUCAUCAAUCGAUCAUUGGUGAAAGUAUGAUACCUGUUGAAAAGUCAUUAUCGUUCUAUGAAUACUUAACACCAUCUGAACCAUUGAGCAUAACUGUAAAAUUUUCUACACGUAACUAUCGUAUAAUGGUACGAUUCACUUUAAUGUCAUUGGAUUACUUGGAUUCCAGUCAAGGUUCUGUUGAAUUUGAAGUUUUAAGAGGAAACCUAAGGUAGGUAUGUGUUUUAUUUGUGUAUCACUUUUUUAAAAAAUCUACUGGAGUAUUUUUAUGCCUAAUUGUCAUAUGAAUUAGAAGUAUGAUUUUUUUUACCACCUAAUAUUAGAAAAGAACCUCUUUGAAUCAGUCAGUCAGUCAGUAACAACGUAGAACUUCGUACGUACGUACAUCAGUUCGAGUUGCCACACCACAUUAGCACACUAUAUAUUACUAUUGUUGAUUUAUUGAAUUACUUGUGUUUUGUAAACAAAGUGAAUGAAUAGUGUUAUGACAAGAUUCUAGAAUAACAAAUUGAUUGGUGAAACGGCGAGAUUAUAGUUUAUGGACGAAUCAGAUGUAAGAUAACGAGUCUUGAGUUUUGGCGCGUAAUUCAUUCAUGCUUUGGCUAAGUAGAGUUUUGGCAUCAUAAUUGAUAUCAGUUCGUCAUGAAAACCAUAAAUUAAAUUCUUAACUGUAAAUCAUGGUUCUAAUUCCUCACAUUGGUUUAUAAGACUCAUUUAAUCCUAGUUAUUGGAUGGAAGUUUUCAAGGUCACUUUAGCGUCGCUCAAAGGUGGUCCAUAAAUUAUACUCCCACCGAUGAAGCUAUUUAACUAAUCGAGUGAGAUGUGUGGGCUGAAUUGUCUUGGUAAAUGCAUAUUCUGCACAGCGAUUAUGAUCAUUAGUUGAAGUGACAUGACACCGGUCGCAAUAGCACAAAUACAUACAUUAUUUACCUAUUUCUUGCUUUGAACUGCUACCAUUAAGCAACAAAUAGAUUUUAAUAUCAAUCAUAUAGGACCCAUGUGUAAUUGACCUCUUUCCUUAAUGAUUACUCCUUUUAGUCUGAUUAGAAUGUUCUCUUGAAAAGUCUAGUCUUACCUCUCUUUUCUUGUGUGCAACUGUGUCAUCGUUGACAUGCGGUUGUUUAUUAGUAGUUGAACCUAUCUAGUCACGUUAGAUCCAUACCCCAGCAAUAGAACACUACGACAGAUUACUGUCGAUGUAAUUCGAUGUGUGUAAUAAUAUUGUAACUUACAUUUAUCUAUUACGUGUUUGUGCCAUCGACUGUAAGGACUAAUGACAUUGCACAACAACUAUCCAAAAUCACACAUGUGGUAUGAUUUUGGAACCUCUUAUCCCAAUAUUUAUAAAGGUUCGUAUUUCCUAAUUAUUGUGAUAUUCAGGAUUGCAAUUGACAAAUCUCUAUUUCUAUACAUACAUCAUGAGAUUACCUCAAUAUUUCCAUUUCGUAACAAGUUUUUAUUAAAGUUCUUUAUUAGCUACCAGUGGAAUCUUGAAUGAGCGUUUUGUUCUUGUUAGUUGGAUGCUGCCUUAUAUUCAUGAUAUUUACACCCACUCUCAUCCACUACUUCUUGUUCUGAACAGCUACAUGUUAUUCAGUAAGUUUAGCAAGGAAAUACAAACUCUUAAAAAUAAGUCUCGAUACCUGAUAGAUAAGAUAGUAAGUAUCUGGACUCAGUUGCUUUAGUGGAUUACGUAUUAGAAUUUAAAUGAAAAGGUACUAGAAUGAAAUCCAAGUCAUGGGGAUUGGUUAUGUGUAAUAUUACAAGCAGUAUUAUUACUAUUAUUACCACUGUUAUUGAUUUUUUUUUGAUUUUUUACACUGUAUAUCUACAUAGAACUGAAAAACUAGAAGAAUAUUUUGAAACUUGUAAACCAACCUGUGGAAAUUUGUACAGUAUUAUAUCAAAACUUCAAUUAUUCCUAUCAUCUUCUGUUUGAUCUUUCAAUGUCUAUUGUUGUUUCUUUAUUUUUGUAAUUUGAAUGUAAUUUUCCUAUACAUUAAUAUAUAUCUCGUUAUGUAAUAUGGCUUAAUAUAUAACGGCUGUUUACAUGAAACUCUCUUUGUAUAUAUAUAUGUUCAUCAUAUUUAUUCAAUCCAUUUGGGUUGGGUUUUUUUUUCUUACUUAGUACAAAGCAGUUGAUACAUUUUAUGAUUAUUUUAUUCAUUUUAUUAAACGAUUUCUCUCAUCUUGUUGCCUGUACUUUUUUUAAAAUGAAAAGCUUAUUACUUUAC